AUGGCUGUGAUUAAUUUUACCCAGGUGACUGAGUUCAUUCUUUUGGGAAUCACAGAGAAGCAGGAACUGAAGAUGCCUCUAUUUGUGGUGUUCUUUUCUAUCUAUGUGUUCACAGUUGUUGGCAAUCUAGGUCUAAUUACAGUCAUUAGAAUGGAUUCACGACUGAAAACUCCAAUGUAUUUUUUCCUUAGUCAUCUUGCUUUUGUUGAUUUCUGUUACUCUUCCUCCAUUACUCCGAAAAUGUUGGAGAGUUUUCUGUAUGAAGAAAAUACAAUCUCGUUCAAUGCAUGUGCUACUCAACUAGGAUGCUUCAUUGCUUUCAUGGAUGCAGAAUGUUUAUUGCUAGCUUCCAUGGCCUAUGAUCGUUAUGUGGCCAUUUGCAACCCUUUGCUUUAUAUGGUUUUGAUGACCCCUAAAAUCUGUAUUCAGCUUGUAGCCAUUCCCUAUAUCUAUAGCUUUCUAGUUGCACUCUACCAUGUUAUCCUUACCUUCCGCCUGUCCUUCUGUGGCUCUAACAUCAUCAACCAUUUCUAUUGUGAUGAUAUGCCCCUCUUGAGACUGUCCUGCUCUGACACACAUUCCAAACAAAUAUGGAUUUUUGUAUGUGCAGGUGUCAUGCUUAUUGCUUCUUUUUUGGUUGUCUUUGUCUCCUACAUGUAUAUUAUCUCUGCAAUUCUAAAGAUGCAGUCUGCUGAAGGCAGGCACAAAGCCUUCUCUACCUGUGGCUCACACAUGGUGGCUGUCACUAUUUUCUAUGGAACCCUGAUCUUUAUGUACUUACAGCCAAGCUCAAACCAUUCCCUUGAUACAGAUAAGAUGGCCUCUGUCUUUUACACAGUGAUCAUCCCCAUGUUGAAUCCCUUGAUCUACAGUCUAAGAAAUAAGGAGGUGAAGGAUGCCCUGAAGAAGAUCUUAAGAAACAGCAAUCAUGGGUUUAGGAAAACUUAG